CAGCCCGCGUCAUGGGUCGAUGUCGGUCCGAGCCGGGGGGCGCGGUGUCGGUCCCAGCCUGAGGGGCGGGGUCACCGGCCGGGCAGUCCCAGGAGUUGAGCUCCAAUGUCGGCGGUCACCGGGGAGAAGUCAGGGUUGGAGAGCGGCUCCAGGAGCCGUGCUGUCCGGAUUCGUGGGGUAGGGGCGAAGGCGGCCGAGACUCAGGCCGCGUCUGCGGAACCGGUUUCGUGGGCCAGAGCUCGGGGCUGGCACAGACCCGGGAAAGGCCGGGAAGAUGGUGUGAGAACUGUCGGAGAGGUAGCGGAUGCGGGGGCCUCAUUGUUGGUAGCCAUCUACUUGCUGCUGCUGUGGGUACUGAUUCACCUCUCCCUGCGGCAGCUUGUGGCAGUGGGGCCCAGCCAGCACCGGGAUGGCUUCGACGCCAAGGCGGCAAGGAAGCAUCUCCAGCACAUUACUGAAUUUGGACCCAGGCCUGUUGGGAGCCCUGCUAAUGAAAUCCUUACUGUGAACUACCUGCUAAAACAGAUCCAGGAAAUCAAAGGAAAGGCAGUAGCAAAUAACAUUGUAGUGGAUAUCCAGAGACCAACUGGCUUUUUCAGCAUUGAUUUUCUUGGAGGUUUCAGUAGCUACUAUGAUAAUAUUACCAAUGUUGUUGUGAAGCUGGAACCAAAGAAAGGAGCAAAACAUGCAGUGCUUGCAAAUUGCCAUUUUGAUUCAGUGGCCAACAGUCCAG